AUGGCAACCCCUAACUUUCCAGAGCUGUCCGCGUAUCGGUACUCUUGCAACGAUGCAAGCAAGCGCUGGGCAGUCGAGAACCCAGCUACGGGCAAGAUACUCACCACAAUCCAGUCCGGAGAUUCGGACACGGUUGACGCAGCCGUACGCGCCUCGCAGAUAGCCUUCACAGAGCGCUGGCGACCCCUGACCAACGCCGAGCGGGCAUCAUACCUUCGGCGCUGCGCAGACGAGCUCGAGAAGCACGUCGAUGAGAUUGCCAUGCUGCUAUGCCUCGAAAACGGGAAGCCUUUCCAAGACGCCAGGAUGUUCGACUGCGGUUUCCUGGUGAACAUCUUUCGGUUCUUCGGGGGCUUGGCGGAUAAGCUGCCGUCGCAGUUCUACGACAGGGGAAGUCUGUAUACGACCGUGAUUCACGAGCCGUUCGGUGUGUGUGUCGGCAUUCUACCCUUCAAUUGGCCGCCCAUUCACACCGGUGGCAAGCUGGCUCCCGCGCUUGCGGCGGGCAACACAUUUAUCCUAAAGCCCGGAGAGCAGGCUCCGCUGACGGUGAUACGGAUCGUGGAGAUCCUGGAGGGCGUUCUGCCAAAGGACGUGGUCCAGGUCGUGCCGGGCCUUGGUCCAGAAGUGCCGCAGGCGUUAGUCACGCAUCCGCUCGUGAAGAAAGUUAGCUUCACAGGGUCAACGGCAGCCGGGGCGGCUGUGGCAAGAACUGCGAGUGAUUCUAUCACACCGGCUGUGCUUGAACUCGGUGGAAAGAACGCGUUAGUUGUUUUUAACGAUGCGAAUUUUGAUGCCGCAGUGCGCGCAGCUCUUGAAGGUGCCUUCUUCAACAAGGGCGAAGCUUGCACUGCUACCUCACGCAUUCUUGUCCAACGCGAAAUCUAUGAGAACUUCGUCGCGAAGCUGGCUGCGGGCGUGAAGCAGAUCAAGAUGGGGAAUGGACUCGAUUCUAAGACUCACGUUGGACCCCAGGUAUCCAAAGCGGCACAGAAACGCCUCCUAGAGUACAUCUCUCUCGGCCAGAAGGAAGGCGCUAGAAUUGCUGCGCAGGCUCAGCUACCAUCCGAUCCAGAAUGCAAAGAUGGUUUCUUCGUUCCUGCUACUCUCUUUGCCGAUGUAAGCGAGGAUAUGCGUAUUGCAAACGAAGAGAUGUUCGGUUCCAUCGCGACUGUUACGCCAUUCGGUGACUUUGAGGAUGCGGUUCGCAUCGCCAAUUCGGUAGACUACGGUCUGACCGCCGUGGUGUUUACCAAUGACCAAUUGAAGGCGAAUCGAUUUGCCCGGCAUGUCGAGGCUGGAAUGGUCUGGAUAAACAACUACAACCGAAACGUAGUAGGAACGCCAUUUGGUGGAGUGAAGCACUCAGGUUACGGUCGAGAACACUGCAUAGAGACUCUAUUCGAGUGGACACAACCCAAGGCUGUGCACGCGCCCUCUGGUCUACACGAGAAUAGGGAUUGGCGUAGUGUGGUUGACAUUUUUGGUGUUGAAGGGAGCGAAGUCGUGCAAUAA